ACGCGCCCGUGGCGAUUCGGGCGACGCUGACUUCCGCUCCCAGAGUGCACCUCGAGCCGAAUCAUGGACCACACUGACAAUGAUUUGCAAGGCACUAAUAGUUCUGGAUCGUUGGGUGGCCUUGAUGUUCGAAGACGGAUCCCUAUAAAACUAAUCUCCAAACAGACAAACAAAGCCAAACCUGCUCCUCGAACUACAAGGACUAUGAACAGGAUGCCUUCUAAGACACAACCUGGGGAUGAAGAAGGAUUUGAUUAUAAUGAAGAAGAACGGUAUGAGUGUAAAGGGGGUGACCUGUUUGGAAAUCAGCGAAGGUUUCCUGGACACAUUUUUUGGGACUUUCAGAUAAACAUCUUAGGUGAAAAGGAUGAUACUCCAGUCCAUUUCUGUGAUAAAUGUGGAUUACCUAUUAAAAUUUAUGGGCGCAUGAUCCCAUGCAAGCAUGUUUUUUGCUAUGACUGUGCUAUUUUGCAUGAGAAAAAGGCAGAUAAGAUGUGCCCAGGCUGUAAUGAUCCUGUGCAGCGAAUUGAACAGUGUAUGCGGGGUUCUCUCUUCAUGUGUAGCAUUGUUCAAGGGUGCAAAAGAACGUACUUGUCUCAAAGAGACUUACAGGCUCAUAUCAACCAUCGUCACAUGAGAGCUGCAAAACCUGUCACUCGCCCUCCAAUUGAAAACGUUCAUCCUCCUAUUGCCCCGCCACCCGCUGAAAUUCCUGAUCGUUUUAUAAUGCCUCCAGACAAGCACCAUAUGAGCCAUAUUCCGCCAAAGCAGCACAUCAUGAUGCCACCGCCUCCGCUGCAGCAUGUGCCACAUGAGCAUUAUAAUCAACCACACGAGGAUAUUCGAGCUCCUCCUGCGGAGUUGACCAUGGCUCCACCUCCCCCUCGUUCAGUCAGUCAGGAAACCUUUCGAAUUUCAACAAGAAAACACAGCAAUUUAAUAACUGUCCCUAUUCAGGAUGAUUCAAAUUCAGGUGCCAGAGAACCACCACCUCCAGCCCCAGCACCUGCUCACCAUCAUCCUGAGUAUCAGGGUCAACCAGUGGUUUCUCACCCUCAUCAUAUUAUGCCUCCACAGCAACAUUAUGCACCACCACCUCCUCCUCCACCACCAAUAAGCCAUCCAAUGCAGCAUCCUCCCCAGGCAGCAGGUACUCCUCAUAUGGUUUAUAGCCAAGCUCCUCCUCCACCAAUGACCUCUGCUCCACCACCAAUUACCCCACCCCCUGGACACAUCAUUGCCCAGAUGCCACCAUAUAUGAAUCAUCCUCCACCAGGACCUCCUCCUCCUCAACAUGGUGGUCCCCCUGUAAAUGCCCCCCCUCCUCACCACUAUAAUCCUAACUCUUUGCCACAGUUCACUGAAGAUCAAGGAACUCUAAGCCCUCCAUUCACACAGCCAGGGGGAAUGAGUCCUGGUAUAUGGCCUGCACCAAGAGGGCCACCUCCGCCUCCAAGAAUGCAGGGUCCACCCUCUCAAGCCCCACUUCCUGGACCGCAUCAUCCCGAUCAGACAAGAUAUAGGCCAUAUUACCAAUGAUAGUAGUGUUUUGAACUGAAGAUACAGUGAGGGUUGGGGGAGGGCAGGGAACUUUAUGUAUUUUGAGAGAGGAAAAGCACCUCUUACAGAGGUGGCUGUAAAACACUCUUAGGGUCUUGUAUCUUAAAAUGUUUUUAAGCCUUGACCUUAGGACUGACUUCAAGUAUACUGUAGUGCAGAUAAGUGGCUCAGUAGAGCACAACUAUAUUUUAACAACUUUGUGCCCCUAGUGUGGUAAAUUGCCCCAGAGUUGAUCAUUUUGUAAUAUUGUUUCCUGGAAAAAAAAAUCAAACAUUGUACCACUUUCAGAAGUAUUGCUUUUGUUAAAUCCGAUGUUUAGUUUUUCUUGUGAUACAUUUUGUUAACCUGUGUAAAAUAAUUAAAUUUCAAUAUGGUUGUAAAGAUGCUAUUUUUUAUGUGAACUUGAGUGGAGUUGCAUACUGUUUCUUAAAAUGAUAUGUUUUGCCACUAAUAUUUUCCCAAAGGUUAAAAUAAAAUGUUAAGAGUAUACAGAAUUUUCUAGAGUUUACUAUAAGGCAGACAGUUAAUGGUAAAGUACAAUUCUUCCACAUUUAAGGCACUGCACUGAAAGUCUUAGGCACGGUAUGUUUUGCACUUCACUUAAAUGCCUUUGAUUUUUAGGCAACCUCAGGAGCACCAAAUAUAUUGAAAUUACAGUACUAUAAUAACAUCAGUUCAUGUUAAUGAUGUUAAAAUCCUUUACUUGUUCAAAAAGUCAGGGCUCAAGUAAAUUUUGUAGGCUCCAAGCUGGUGAUGCCGUUGCUCUUGCUUGUUUACUAAUGGUUGGACUCAUAGAGUGUACCACAUUCAUUAGUCUGAUCUAAGAUUAUUUUGUAGAAAUUGUUUAAACGAUAGCAUUCAGUUGAAAUAUGUAUAUCCUACUCUGGUUAUUUGUCCUGAGAUAAAGAUUUAGAACAGUAUAGACUACCAAAAAUCUUUUUCCUAAGUAGAGGUUAGUCUUGGGCUUGAGUGGUUUCUUGUUUAUAGAGUUUCAAAUUGGAGUUUAAAUACCGUUUAAGGCAUUAAAAUAAUAUAUCAAUGAAGGAAAUUAUUCUGGAAAUAUAAACAAAUAUACUCAGGCUUAUUUUUAUGUACUUUGUGAUAGGGCUUCCCCCUCUAAUUUGAACUUUAAAAGUACUAAUUUAUGACUAAUUGAGUCCUGAUGGUAAAACAAUCUAACCUUAAUUUUUAAACAAUUUAACAUGGAGUUAGUGAGCUGUAUUAAAUUGCUUCAUUCCCACACAUGGAAAGAGAAAGUGAUAGUAAAGUUAGAUGAAUGUCCAUACUUUAUAAUGUGCCUUUUUAAGAGUCAGUUUUUGCAUUACAGGGUCUUGUUCACAGUCCAACUUAGAUGAUUAAUUACUAGUUUAAACCUAACUUAAGUAUGUGUGAGUUAACAUUCCUUAGGGUAUAGUUGAAUGUCAUAAGUAAACCAUGUGAAGACUUUUUCCCCCAUGCAGUGCUGUAUAGUACCAACAAAAUUUAUGGUAUGCACAGAUCAUUCAGUAGAUAGUUUGUAAUAUAUACAUUUAGCACAUACAUCUUAGGAUCUAUCAAUUUGCUGGUUUUAUACUUUGUGGCAAAGUAUGACCAUCUUUAAUGGGAUUGCUUGGCCAGAUGGUUGAAAGGAUGAAAAGCUUUUCUCACCUUGAUAAUUGGGUAUAAAGGCAUCCCCACGCUUAGAGUUGAAGUUAGAGGUAACGCAGAUGACCUUUAUUUCAUUUGCCUGAAAUAGCUAAUGCAAAAAUUGAAUCAGGUACAACUUAACCAUUGAGAAAGUGUAAUUUCAUAUUAGCAGUCAGACUCCAAUGUUAAUGUGAUAUUUCUAGUAAGAAAUGAGAAAUUCUUGUUAUUAGAAGUGUGAGGGUGAAGUAGUGCCAAGUUUUGGUGAUGAAUACUUCUGUCCUGGCAGACAGUUGGACCUGAGCAAAAUUCCCCUUUCCCUCAAAGUCACCCUUUCCUUCCCCCACACCUUUGCAAUUAAGGGCUGUUAAAACAAUAAGAACUAUUACUGCUUCAUGUCACAACAAAAAAAAAAUAGUUGAAUUCACUUUUAAAUCUUGUCAGUUUUCAUGAAGAUUUUUCUAAUGUGAAAUUUCCUAAAAUUGAAUUUGAAACUAUAUUCGUUCUGAAACCACUUAGCCGACAUAUUGGAGACAAACUUAGUAUUGUGAUAAAGCCCACAUUUUGUAGAAGUAGACUUUUUUUUUUUCCAGUGAUAGUUUAUUUGCAGUUAAAUUUGGGGAGUGUAUAUAUUUCUAAUACAGGGAGCCAUAUCAAAUGAGUUAUGUUGCAGACAAUUUUUAAUGAUAUUAGGCUUGAAGACAACUGGUUAUUGUUUAUUGGGUGGGUGGGUAAAAGUGUAACAAAACCUUAGUACUUUUUAAAAGAUAAAACAUGUAAAACCCAGCUUUAUUUCAGGGAAGCCUUUAAAACUGAUGGACGUGAAGUCUAAAUGAAAUGUGUGUAUGUUUCAUUAUAUUGCUCUUAAGACUACUGAGGUGGCAGUUUAAUUCUUAAAAACAAUAAAAUGGAAGCAUAAAUA